AUAAAGAACAAGGGUAGAAAAGAUGAUUCAUAUAACGCCUUGCUGUCUUCCCGACUCAAAAUCCAUCGAAAGAAAAUGGCUGCGACGAGUGCCAGCAGUUUCUUCCCCUGCGUAUCUCCUCUUAACUCUUCUGCAAAUGAUUCUCACGAGCCAUUCAAAGGUCUUCUCUGUCCUCACUAUUGCAAACCCUUUGCGUCUUGGAAACCGACACCUGCGCUUAAAUGCACCAGGCUGAGUAGUGCUCAUAUAACUGCAGUAGCGCCGAAGCGAGCUUACCGGUCAUUAACGGUUUCUGGGUUGGUAGACGAUGGUUCUGGGACGAACACGGAAGAAGAAUUGAGCAACUCGAGCGCGGGUGCCACUUUUGAUAUAAAACUACCAAGAAGAAGUUUAUUAGUGCAAUUUACGUGUAAUGCAUGUGGUGAAAGAACAAAACGGCUCAUAAAUCGAUUAGCCUAUGAAAGGGGGGCUGUUUUUGUUCAGUGUGCAGGGUGUCUCCAACAUCACAAAUUAGUGGACAACCUCGGCCUUGUGGUUGAGUAUGACUUGCGAGAAACCAAUGUUAACUCAAGUACAGACCAAGUUUGACAAGUGAUGAAGAAUGUGACUUUUUUUUUUUGUUUUAUCUUUUUCAUAUUUUCAGUAUGUUAUUAUGGUUUCUCAUAAUAUUAUCCUGUUCUUUGCAUAUAUUCAGAAUGGAUGCUUAUAAUUAUAAUGCAUGUUCAUUAAAUGCUAA